CCGGCUCUCUGGUGAUGGCGCUCUGGCUGGCUCUCCUGCUGCUCCCGCUCCUGGGGCUGUGGUUGUGGCCCCGGGGGCCCCUGCGGCUCCGGCUGCUGCUGGAGGACCUCCGCUUCAGUGUGCGGGCGGCGCGGCUGAGGCGCUGUGUGCGGCGCUGGCUCCAGCAGGGGGCGCUCUCCCUCCCGGGGCUCUUCCAGCUGCAGCUCCGGGCUCGGCCGGACUCCGUCUUCCUUCUGUACCGGGACCAGAGCGUCACCUACCGGCAGCUGGAGGCCCGCAGCAACCGCGCCGCCCGGGCCCUCUCCUCCGCCGCCGCCGCCCCGCUCCCCCCCGGGGCCACUGUGGCCCUGCUCCUCGGGAACGAGCCGCGCUUCCUGGCCGCCUGGUUCUCCCUGCACAAGCUGCGCAUGGUGGCGGCCUUCCUGAACACCAACGUCCGCCGAGGGGCCCUGAGACACUGCCUGGCGGCCUGCGGGGCCCGGGGCCUCAUCACCAGCCCGGAGCUCUUUGCCGCGGUCCUGGAGAUUCUCCCGGAGCUGCAGGACAUGGGGGUCACCGUCUGGGUGAUGGGGCCGGGACAGUUUCCCCCCGGGGUCAUUAACAUGCAGGAUCUGAUGGAGGAGGCGUCAGAGAGCCCUCCGCCGGGCCUGACUGGGACCCCCGAGAACCCCCUGGAUACGGCCAUCUGCAUCUUCACAUCAGGGACCACAGGGCUGCCCAAGGCGGCGCGGAUCAGUAACCUGAAGACCCUGCUGUGCUGCGCCUUCUACCAUCUGUGCGGGGCCGGCGCCGGGGACGUCAUCUACAUGUCGCUGCCCCUCUACCACAAGUCCGGAGCCCUGCUGGGGGUGGGCGGCUGCCUGGGGAUCGGGGCCACCCUAGUCCUGAAGGAGCGAUUCUCCGCCUCUCACUUCUGGAGCGACUGCCGAAAACACGGGGUGACCGUCUUCCAGUACAUCGGGGAGCUGUGCCGCUACCUCACCAACCAGCCGCAGAGCGAGGAUGAGACGAGGCAUAAAGUGCGAUUGGCGGCCGGAAGCGGACUGCGCCCCGACGUCUGGAAGGAUUUCACCCGACGCUUCGGGAACGUUAAGAUCUUCGAGACGUACGGGAUGACGGAAUUCAACAUCAGCUUCCUGAACUACACCGCCACCCCCGGAGCUGUCGGUCGUGGUACAUUCCUGUACAAGCGUUUCUGCUCCUUUGAGCUCAUCCGCUAUGACAUCCAGCAGGGGGAGCCGGUGAGGGACGGCCAGGGUUGGUGUCAGCUGACCAGCACAGGAGAGACGGGGCUCCUCAUCUCCCCUGUGACCCCCACUUCUCCAUUCUUGGGGUACGUGGGCAGCCGGGAGCUGUCGGAGAAGAAGCUGCUGAGAGACGUCUUCCGGCCCGGGGACUGUUACUUUAACACCGGGGACCUGAUGAUGCAGGACAACCUCGGCCACGUCUACUUCCGGGACCGGACGGGCGACACCUUCAGGUGGAAGGGGGAGAACGUGGCCACCACGGAGGUGUCGGAGAUAUUGAGCGGUCUCGAGUGCUUUCAGGAGGUGAACGUCUACGGGGUGUUGGUGCCAGGUCAUGAAGGGCGCACCGGGAUGGCGGCCGUCACCUUGCGCCCUGGGCACCCGCUGGACCCGGAUGCGGUUUUCUGUCACGUGGUGGAGUUCCUCCCGUCCUAUGCUCGUCCGCGGUUUUUGCGGGUAAUGGACCAGAUGGAGUCCACCGGGACCUUCAAGCAGCAGAAGCAGCAGCUGGUACAAGAUGGCUUCUCCCCGUCACACAUUCAGGAGCCGCUGUACUUCCUGGAUGAGGCCGCGCGCACCUACCGGCCCCUGACGGAAGACCUCUACUCCCGCAUCAUGGCCUCUGACCUUAGACUCUGACCUCAUGUAGUCCCUCCAAGACGUCUCAGACCCAUCCAAGGUCCUGAUCACGUGUCGGGGCCCUAUUGGAAGUAGUACUAGAGACUGACCUGAGGGGGCGCUGCCGGAAGGAGCCUCUACCUUGUUUACACUACAGCUGCUAUCCCUGGAUCCCCAGAAUGCAGCUUCUGCCGUCCCCCGACCUCCCCAGGACACAAUGUAGUUCCUUUAAAUCUUGCGCUGCUCUCAGUGGGCGGAGCCAGAGACGGGGGGGGAAAUGUAUGCUGGGAAUAUUAGUGCCCUCCCUGCCCGUUUUCCAUUGCCUAACGUGGCCACCAGAUGGCGCCGUGGCUAGUUAGUCAGGAAUGUUCCACCUUUGAGUGGAGGGUGACUGUUACAGUACAGCUUCUGAGUGGAGGCCCACAGCAGCCAAUCACAGUGCAGCCUCAUUUCUUACAGUGUGCCUGGAAAAUGAAAGCUGCGCUGUGAUUGGUUGCUAUGAAUAACAAGGUAAACAAAACAAAAAUAGCUGGGAAGAGCAGCAUCUAGUGGUUGAGUAACGCAACUGCAGCACUCAGCCGUCUAGUGCUGUCUCGGGCUUGUGUUUCCAUGGUAACUGCAAAAUUUUGUAUUUUUCUUGUUUCUUCUACUUUUUGUAACAUUUUUACUACAAUAAAUUUUCCAAUAAAGACUU